AUGAGCCUCCCUUCUCCCCAGAAGAACGGCGGCAAUAAUGUUCCUCCUCCGAGGCAGAUUCGUUUCGUCUCGACCGAUGGCCAGCCUCAAACUAAAAGGCGACGAGUAAAUGCGGCUUGUCGGACGUGUCGCAAGCGGAAGAUACGAUGCUCGGGCGAACAACCAGUGUGCAAGACCUGCUCCGAUUACAACCAUGUUUGCUUGGGCUACAACGAUCCACCGACCCACGCUCGAUCACAAUCCGAUGCCGCCUCACGCACCCCUACCCUCCCCCCUGCCCCCGGUCCCAACGAAGCGGUCAACGCGCGCGGCCCCGUCAAAGUUGAGAGUCGCUCUCCGGAUUCGCCGCAACGAGCCACGCUGCCUCGUGAUGGUGCCGAAAAGUCCACCGACGGUUCACGAACAGCGGACUCGAAGGAUGCCUCGCUCACAAGGGAUACCUCGUCGCGGACCACCAAAGAAUCUGAACAACAAACCGCCGGUGAAAGUCCAGAAAGUAGUCGUACGUCGUUAAGCUCAAGCUCUCGCACCCAUGUUCCUUAUUUCAGAUAUUUUGGCCCCACGGCCAUAGUCCCGGGCUUCAAACAAAUGGUUGUUCAAGUCCGCGGAUCACGCAAGAGCAAUCCAUCUCUAUCAUCUGAGUCAUUAUCCCCUCUUAGAAGCCCCAAGCUCCCUGACGAGGGACUUAAUCAAUUCAACUCCAUCAGCGACAGCCGCGAAACUCGCGAUGCCAACACUAUCCCCUUUUAUGACCGAGACGAUUCGUUACCCGUUAGCAACCUGGUGACUCACCUAUGCGACCUAUUCUUCAUGCAUUUGGGAUGCAACUUUCCCUUUCUGCAACGAGACAGAUUCCUCCGCGACUUGAAAGAUAAAAAGAUCGAUACAAUGCUCGUGGACGCCGUUUGCGCUCUGUCGGCACGCUUUUCCCCGCAUCCUCUACUUAGCCCGCCUCAGGCUCUCCCGAUUGAUGGCUCGGCCCCUCCGCCCGAUACAAGAAAGUCUGAUCGCGGGCAUUCGUUUGCUCGCCGCGCAAUGAGCGCCCUUGUCGACUCGCUAUCGUGCCCCACUCUAUCUGUUGUUCAAGCCUGCCUAUUGCUGGCGUACGAGGAAUUCGGCUCCAACCACGACAGUGGCCUGUGGAUGUACCUGGGAAUUUCUAUCCGAAUGGCUCAAGAUCUUGGAUUGCAGAAGGCUCAAGGAUUGAAAUACAACUACGGACAAAGUGGUGUCACGCCAAAUGCAGUAAUGACCGGACAGGCGGGGAAAUUAAGGGAAGAACAGUACGACGAUCCCCAAGUUUCGCAAAGCCCGGCGAAAGAGACACCCGGAGUUGACAAUCAACGGGCCUGGGAAAAGGAAAGGGUAGAUACCUUUUGGAGUAUUUUCUUUCUCGACCGUGUAAUAUCAUCCGGGACAGGAAGGCCGGUGACCCUGCGCGAUGAAGACAUUGAACUGUGCUUUCCGCUCCAGUCAGAAUCUUUACUCCCAAACGGCUGGCCUGCGCCAUUUCCGCCGCUUAUCCGCGUCAUCCAUCUCUACGGGAGGGUGACGGAUUUGAUAAAUGGAAUCCAAGACGUUAAUCACGUCACGGCAGACACGCUCAAGAGACUGGCUGGAAUGGAAAGUGAUCUUACAGGCAUCUAUCAGCGCUUAUCGCCCCGACUUCAUUUCAAUGCCGCAAACUUUCAAGCCUAUGUAAAGGCGAAAGAGGGCACGAAUUUCAUUCUCCUUCACUUCUGGUUCCAUACUUUGAUAGUCCUCCUUCACCAGCCAACACUCCUCAAUUCCUUCGGCGGGACAAUUCAGCAUCUCUAUCCAAACAGCCGAGAGCUAUCCAUGUCUUCCGCUAAAACUAUUGCCGAUAUUCUCUCAUUCUCCGAGCUGGUGGAUGGGAAGAGUUUUAUCGGUAACCCCUUUACGAGCCAGCCGAUGUACAUUGCAGCGUGUGCUUUCCUCAUGGAAAGUGCUCACUACGUAUCGCCAUCCUCCGGGUCGGGUUCUCCUCCGAGCCAGCCCCUUUUGGCCAAUCAAACCAGUGGUUUUGUUAUGCCAAACAUGGACCCUUCAGGUGGUUCAGACCGAAAACCCACCGCUAAGCACAUUCUUCUGGCCUCGGCUGCCAAAGAGAACUAUCAACGAUGUUACAAAGCACUAAAAGCACUUGAGACUUACUGGGAAGGGACGAAAUAUAUACUCACGGUUCUAGAUCAAAAGGCCAAGGGCAUCGUUGACCCGCUUUUAUAUACAGUCGAAGAGAUGGAAAGUGCAGCCGAUAUACCGUCCGUGCAAGCUUUUGCAGCAUCGAAUUGGCGACGGGGUGGAGCUAUCGACCCCGAAGGAUCAGGCCCGGCUGUCGAUCCAUCCCUUGAUGGAAGACGGUCUCCAAAGAUAGACCCUAGUCAAGCAAUUGGUUGGGCGCUUACAGGAGCCACCAAUUCGUCACAGCCUAAUCUGAGCUUGCUAUACCAAAUGCCUGCGGCGCCAGUAGAUUCUGUUCCCAAACCCGCGUACUCGUCGCAAUACAGCCACAGCUACCCUCCUCUACCCAUUCAGCCCAGCUCCAGCUCAGGCUCGGGUUCAUUCUCUCAAUCGCUCGAGCAGGCUCGAACGACAUCUGCAACACCUAAUCCCACAAUGGCAGCGGCGUCAGCGAAGUUUUCUCCGUUGCCUUCAGGGCGAGUCUCCACCUCCGAUGCGAACCUCCUUUUGGGCCUCAACACUUCGUUUUCCACAUCUCGCCCUUCACCUUCUCAACCCACAUUUCCUCACAACAUGCCUUCAACUAGACUCGAGCCUCAGUCGGCGCCCUUUAAUUACAAUAUCACAUCCGCUCACAAUGAGCAACAUGUCAGUGGUGAACAUAUGGCCACUAGGCCCGAAUUCCAUCCAGUUACCGCACCCCACGGCGAUGUUAUGAUUGGGAGCCAGGAUAUCGACAUGGCUACUCUUCAGCAACAGGAUCAGUUACCGUUUGCCUUCAAUGGGGAGAUUCUUCCCUGGCUAGAAUAUCUUCCACAGGAUGUCCUGAAUUACCUCGGGGAGCAUCAAAAUUACCCUUCUCUGAUGAGCCCUGACGAUGGUACCCCGCGCCCGCCUCAUUAA